AUUAGAAUGGCAACCAAUUCUGCAUAAAUCGAGUCAGCCCCAGCCGCUGUCCAAUCGACAGAAAAGCCGCCCUUUUGCGGAAAUAUGUGAAUCCCGCACGCGCAGCCUCACAUCGUCCACAUAUAUAGCCUUCUCCGAUACCCGGGUUGACAGUUGCGGAGAGUCGGCCUCGGAGCUGCCAUCGCACACGUCAUUGGCCGUCGCAAUUGCGUGCCGAUUGGCCCCUGCCGAUCUGCCGACUCGGCACCGAUUCGGCCGUAGAUAAAGCCGACUUCCCCGCGAUGAGGGCGGCCAAUGUCGAGCCAUCAAACGGGAGCCCAUUCCAACGCCGCUGCCAUUUGCUGACAUGACGACCGACGUGAAAAUGGCCACAGACACAGACCCGUUCGCAACCUGGCGCUACCGGCAAGAGUUGCCAGCCGACAAGACCAACCUCGCCAAAGCGUGGGAGCUCCUCGAAUCCUACAGCGGCAUCCCCCCGGACGAGAUCGAUGCGCACGUCAUCGCCGUCCGCGACAAAGCCUACUCCAUCUUCAACUACCCCUGCAUCGGCCGCUGGCGCUUCCUAGACCUCUACCUAGCCUCCACGCCCGAGUACCCGGCCCUCAUCUCGCGACUCCGCGCCGGCGACACCCUCCUGGACGUCGGCUGCUGCUUCGGACAGGUCCUGCGCGGGCUCGUGCACGACGGCGCCCCCGCCGCGAACCUGACGGGGACGGAUCUGCGGCCCGAGUUCGUCGAGCUCGGCUACGAGCUGUUCCGCGACAGGGACACGUUCGGCGGGGCGUUUGUCACCGGCGAUAUCCUGGAUCCGUCGGAUGGGGCGCUCGCGGGCCUGGAUGGUCGGUUUGAUGUAGUUCAUUCGGCGAGCUUCUUCCACCUGUUUGGCUGGGAUGACCAGGUUAGGGUCGGGGAGCGGAUCGUAAGGUUUUUUAAGCCGGGUGCGAAGGCGCUGGUGUUGGGUAGGCAGGUUGGGACAUUUGAGCCGUUGAGUCUGGAGGAGUAUCGGGCGCAGGGUGGGGAGGGCAGGUAUCACCAUAAUAUCGAGACGUUGCAGAAGUUGUGGGAUGUGAUUGGUGGGAAGACUGGGACGAGAUGGAAGGUUACUGGUGAGAUGUUUGACUACAACUUUGAGGAGGUGUUCAGGGUCAUCAUCCGGUUUGUCGUGUCUAAACUGGACUGACCGAAAUAGUUUUCUUGGCUGCAAAGGUCAAAAUGUUAUAUCUGCUAAUUCUGCACUCGGAUGUGAAGUUACUGGACAGUCCAAUAAUUGUGACAUGGUAACCUUGUUCAUUCAGAUUCCGGAAUCAUGUAUGGUGUAAAUUCAGACUCAUUUUAGGUAGGAAGAAAAAGGGGGAAAGGGAAAGAGACGAAGAGACAGGAAGAGGUCCACAUAAAUGAGAAUCAGCCUUUUCCCGAU